CCCAAAUCCACCUCUCUCCAUCGUCUCCCGCCACCCUAUUCCCCAUUCCCCUUAUCCUCCGUUUCCCUCGGUCCUGUUUCUAUAACCUGAUAGUUGUCUCUGUAUCUACCUGCUCAUCCAUCCUCCUUCUCUCUCCUCCCCAUUUUGCCCCGGAUUGUCCUGUCCCUCGCUGAUUCAUCGCAAUGGACCAUCCCAUUGCCGUCUAUCGCUUGUGAUUCCCUUCCCGCUUCAGGCUUGGGUCGGGUUCACGUUCUACUGCUUGCUCUUAACUCUUAUUCUUGUAGCUACACAUUCUCCCCUCCCCCAGGUGCUCUGACCCUCCACGCCACGAUCUCCCAGGUCCAGACUGUCUUCCGUUCUUGGAUCAUUGACUGAACUUAAUUAACCUGCCGAAGCACCCGCGUCUUGCCUCUCUUAACCCCGUCGGCUCUGAUAUGGGAUCGGUCGUCGUCAACCAUCCGCGAUCGGAUUAUAUGGAUACCUCCUACAACAUGUUGGGAGGCGCCAUCACUUCCUCGGAAUCAGUCUAUCGGUCCUCGACUCAUCACCAGCCCUCUCACCACCCUUCGUCACACCUGGAGUCCGGGAGCUCUAGGUCGGCCUCGUCCAAUACCACCCCCACCUCGUCCACAGCCCCGCCGUCAACCUCCGCCGCCGGCUCUACUCGCCUCCCCUCCCACCCAACCCAUGAUGUACCGGCCUACAUCAGUCGGCCCUCUCAACCCAGUUCUCAACCGUCCACGCGAGCGUCUUCAGCCACUCCGGGAUCUGUCUACACUCACCCUCCAUCAGCCUCAAUGACCUCCACCACCUCCCACCAUCCGUCGCGUCCGGGUUCCGCUUCUCAUCCUGUAGCACACUCAUCAUCUCAUCACACUGGUGGCGGCAGCCAUGCAACAGCAGCGGUACCAACCUCGGCUCCGCAUAUGGGGAGUCAGUCCUCUCCAGCUUCGCCUCAGCUAAGCCCAACCUUCCAGUCUCUUCGUUCCCUUGGGGGAUCCGAGGCCAACUCUCCGAGUCGGAUCAAAGUCCGUGAUUUGUCACACAUUCAAAGCUUUGCCAGUGAGGAGUUCCUAGCACAGAGGGAUCAGGCACCCGGGCAGUGGGCCCAAGAGCGCCAGUACGAGAUUAGUUCCAUGCCGGUCACGGACAUAAUCGAGAUGGUUGCUGGACUUCUGAUGAAAAUCACAACAACGAACGACAUGCAUCACGAGUCGGUCCAUCGACACAUUCCUCCCCCAGAUGGCACAACCACUCUUAGCUCCCAGGCUACCAGCGUGCUUGCCUUUCACGGCAAAAACGUGCCAAGCAUCAGUAUCCUAAGCUACCUGACAAGGAUUCAUAAGUACUGCCCUACUACUUAUGAAGUCUUUCUCAGUCUGCUGGUAUAUUUUGAUCGCAUGACGGAACUAGUUAAUAAGGGUCAGCUCGACCGGUUACAACGUCGCUGGGACGGCACCUCUGCCGUGCAAAGUGGCAACAGUUCAAGGCCUUCGUCUGCUGAGCGGUCGUCCACCCAUGCGACACAAGCCUCGCCGUUGGUAACCCCGCCUUCCUCGUCUGGAAUAGCAGCACAAGACCCGUCCAGUCCGUCGUCCAUAUCGCCCUCUCUUAAACCGCAAGAAGAUGAGGAUCAAUUCUCCCACUUUUUCGUUGUUGAUAGUUUCAACAUUCACCGGCUAGUUAUCGCAGGCGUAACUUGUGCCAGUAAAUUCUUCUCGGACGUUUUCUACACUAAUUCCCGCUAUGCAAAGGUUGGCGGACUGCCGCUGGUUGAGCUCAACCACCUUGAACUUCAAUUCUUACUGUUGAACGACUUUCGCCUAUCGAUUCCCGUCGAAGAGCUCGAGGCGUACGGUACCAUGCUUGUGGAGUUCUACGCCAGAGAGAUUGUCGCACAGCAGCAGCAGCAGCUAUCGCAGGCGAUUCCUCGCUCUAUAAAUCCCUCGGAGGCCCCGGAAACUUCGUCAGAGGGAAUGUAUAUGCGCACGCGCGAGAAGCAACGGUCUGACGAGCAAGAGGUCCGCCAAACGCCUACACCACCCUAGCCAAGUGGUCGUCGGGCAUUUUCGCCUGGUAUAUAUACCUACAUCAGAAGUAAUGGUGACCCUUGGCUUCUUGUCUGGGUGAAAGUGCCCCUUGUUAGGUUCUCUCCGGUUGGCGCCAUGUCUGUCCUCUUGGUACAUAUAUGUGUUAGCACAGUCCUUUCCGCUCAUGAUUCGGCCUUAUCCAUGUUUUCCUCUUAUAGAUUUAUACGCUCGGCACUCUGGCUCAUGAUUCAACGUUUCUAUAACCUUGAGGUGCUUAUUCUUCCUGCCAUUUCAUGUCUGCCUCUGUGUACACAAUUUUUCGUCUUUGCAUCUUGUCUAUUUCUCAACAUUGGCCGGCGUUUUGGGGGUUGCCACUGUUUGUUAUACUGUUUGUUAAACUGACUAUUGUCGGAAAGGAUGCUCCGGGUUUUCUGGAUUUCACUAUAAAUUCCUCUAUGGGAGUUCUCGUCCAUUGUACCUACGCUUUGUUUGUCUCUCUUUCGGCCAUCAUCCCAACUGGCCGAGUCUGAUCUUUGUCAGCGUGCGGAGCGAGUAAUGAGAAUAUUGAGUAGUUCAACCGAAACCUGAUGACUACAUAGCACACUGCGCUUGGAAGUGGCAAAGACGAAGUUAAGG